AGGGGCGUGGCGAAGCCUCUCUGCUCUUUUGAUGACCGGCGAAUUCAGGAUCGGUGCCCUCUGAUUCCCGCUGGCAUCCGACGGAUCGUAGUCGGGAGAGGACGAAGAAGGAGAAGUCUUUCACCCUUUGUAGUGUUGUCUGCUGAAUCUGGAACUACAAGAGAGGAUUCUUGCGGUGUUUGGUGAUGGAUUUGUGUCGCUUUUCCGGGAAAUUGGAGUCGUCGGUGAGGAAAUGGUGCUUAUUUACUCGGAAAGCCGAAAAUUUUUCGGUGUGAGGGACGGGUUUGAUGGUGAUGUACUGGGUUUUGGGGGGUUCGGGAGUGUAGUAUCGAGGUUUGAGCUCUGGUGUCGUUAGUUUCCUGUUUGUGCCUCGGGUUUCGUGGAGCAAGAAGACAGGGUGCAGUGGGGAUGAGUCGGAUUUGGGAUUUUUUGGUUCUUCUGAAGGGAAAGUAGAGGACAAAUGGAGCUAAUCUGUUCUCUACUUUUGAUUUGAUUUUCGUGCUCUUCAUUCCCUGAUUGCAGCAGUUCUGCACAUCCUAAGCACAGAAUUUCUUGGAAACUAGUUGGAAUUGCUCUUGCCCAUGCUCGCAUUCGACAAAUCGAUGAAAGAACCACCAUCGAUGAAACAAACUGACAAGUGCCUGGACUCCCAGCUAUGGCAUGCAUGUGCUGGCGGAAUGGUUCAGAUGCCGGCGGUGAACUCCAAGGUCUACUACUUCCCACAGGGCCACGCAGAGCACGCCCAAGGUGUCGUGGAUUUUGGGACCUCCCGUCGAAUCCCACCUCUCAUCCUUUGCCGAGUAACUGCCUUGAAAUUUAUGGCCGAUCAGGAGACUGAUGAGAUCUUCGCUAAGAUCCACAUGGUUCCGCUGAGUUCCAACGAACCAGACCAUGGCGAAGAUGACAGAUUGAGUCUCAGUAUAAAUGGACUUGAUGCACAGGAGAAGCCGGCAUCUUUUGCAAAGACUCUGACUCAAUCGGAUGCCAAUAAUGGCGGGGGAUUCUCUGUUCCUCGUUACUGUGCUGAGACCAUCUUCCCACGGUUGGAUUACUCGGCCGACCCUCCUGUGCAGACCGUCCAUGCAAAGGAUGUGCAUGGUGAGAUUUGGAAGUUCAGGCACAUAUACAGGGGCACCCCUCGCCGGCACCUGCUCACAACUGGAUGGAGUACUUUUGUUAACCAGAAGAAGCUUGUGGCAGGGGAUUCAAUUGUGUUCUUGAGAACAAAAGAUGGGGAUCUUUGUGUGGGGAUCCGACGGGCUAAAAGAGGUGGGAUUGGUGGGGGUCCAGAGAUCCCUUCUGGAUGGAAUCCCCUGAAUGGAAACUAUGCGUCGAACUAUGGAGGCUUCUCUGCUUUCCUAAGGGAGGAAGAGAGUAAAUUGAUGAGAGGAAAUGGAAAUGGUGGUAGUUUUAGUUCUGGUGGGGGUACGAGGAUAGGGGGAAGAGUGAGGGCAGAUUCUGUCAUUGAGGCGGCUACACUUGCAGCUCAUGGAAAACCUUUUGAGGUUAUGUACUAUCCUAGAGCAAGUACGCUAGAAUUCUGUGUGAAGGCUGCAUCAGUAAAAGCAGCAAUGAGGAUCCAAUGGUGCCCUGCGAUGAGGUUUAAAAUGGCUUUUGAAACUGAGGAUUCCUCGAGGAUUAGUUGGUUCAUGGGAACGAUAUCUUCUGUUCAGAUUGCAGAUCCCGUACGAUGGCCUAAUUCACCUUGGAAACUUCUGCAGGUGACAUGGGAUGAACCAGAUUUAUUACAAAAUGUAAACUGCGUGAACCCAUGGCUGGUUGAACUGGUAUCGAACAUGCCAGCUAUCCAUCUACCACCCUUCUCUCCACCAAGGAAAAAGCUCCGCAUUCCCCAGCACUCUGACUUUCCCCUUGAAGGCCAACUUCCAACACCAAUGUUCCCCGGGAACCCCCUUGGUCACAGCACCAGUCCCUUGUGCUGUUUACCGGACAGUACUCCUGCAGGCAUACAGGGAGCCAGGCAUGCUCAAUUUGGUAUACCUUUAUCAGAUCUCCACCUUGACAAACUGCAGUCGGGUCUGUUCCACGCUGGCUUUCACCGCCUUGGUUACCCCACUUCGCUUUCAAAAAUAUCAACGGGCCUCAUCAUUGACAGUCCUGCUAUUGAUAACAACAUAUCUUGUUUGUUAACAAUUGGCAAUACUUCUCAAAGCACAAAAAAUCGCUGUGAUGGUAAACCACAACAAUUAGUGCUUUUUGGGAAGCAAAUACUGACCGAAGAGCAGAUUUCUCUAAGCAAUUCUGGGGAUAUGGUCUCCCCUGGAGCCACCGCAAACAGUUCUUCUGAUGGGACCAAUAAGAAUCUCGUUGUGGACAAUUCAUCUCGUAAUGGACUCCAAUGGUGCAGGGACCACCUUGCAUCAGAGCUUGGACUGGAGACUGGGCAUUGCAAGGUUUUUAUGGAGUCAGAUGAUGUUGGACGUACCCUUGAUCUCUCUGUGUUUGCUUCUUAUGAAGAACUAUAUGGAACACUAGCUGACAUGUUCCGCAUUAAAAGGUCAGAGAUGACAAGCCAUGUGAUUUACAAGGAUGCAACAGGUGCAGUUAAACACACUGGAGAUGAACCUUUCAGUGACUUCAUGAAAUCAGCACGAAGACUGACGAUAUUAAUAGAUUCUGGCAGUGACAACACAGGAAGAUCGACAUUACCUGGGUCGCUCGAUGCAAACUUGCCAUGCUGCAGUUGAUUCAUAAACUCUCUGGAGACUGCAUGAUGUAGGUCCUGUCGCAGCGAGUUUUCUUUGUUUAGUUGUCUCAAAUGGAGGAAGAAGCAAAUUGUACAAAAUGUGCUUCAAACACUCCAUGUUGAUUUUGAGGUUUCUCUAUGCAUUUGUGAUGCUGUGCGUUGUGUUGAGAAAGUUGGGCAUGAGCUGCAAAUUAGGGGAUGAAACCGAUGCAAAUUGUAGCUUUGAGACAUUUUAUGCUUCUAUCUGUAAACAUGCUAAAAAUGUUGAGACAUUUUGGUUUCAAAGUAGUUCUUAUGAUGAGACCUCAA